AUGCAUUCUGGAUGUAAAUAUGAUCCCAAAUCAAAAUCUUUUGAAUAUCGCGAUUGUAAGAAUGUCAGAUUUGAAUCGUGGUUUUGUCCGAUUGUCGCUCCGGAUUUGGUUAGAAAACCAUUCAUAAUGUAUACUUAUUGUAAGAUUUUUUAAAGGGAAGCUUUUUUUUCUCAGCAGUAGAAUUUUCAGUUGAAAAUGGGCGUCCUAAAGAAUGCGAAUCAAAUUCCGAAUGUCCAAUCAAUCAUUUUUGCCAUGCAGCUUAUAAUCAAGCUUAUGAAGGAAGAGAUCAAUCUGGACCAAAUGGAACUGCCCUCAAAUAUUGUUUUGAAUGUAAUAUAAUUUUCAACAUUUCUAGAUAUUUAUAACUUUCCAAUCUGAAAAUGAAACUACGAUUUUCAGGGUAUGAUUACAUCGAUUAUUUCUAUCCUGAUCCAAAACCUUGUGAUGUGGACAAUGAUUGUUUCGAAGGAGAAUGUGUUCCAUUUUUGUCUUCCCAAAUAAUUGAUGAUUCGGGAAAAGAAAGACAAGGAAUUUGUCGAUAUAAAGUAUGGUAUUAUAAGAAAUGGGAUCAUGGUGAUUGUUUUUGGUAUUUUUCACGGAUUCUAAAACCUUUUAUUUUUUUCCAGUCGAAAGAUGCCCCGAAAAUGCUGGUCUAACAUCAAAUCCAGUAACAAAAUGCAAUACAACAAGUCAAUGUUAUGGAGACAAUUAUGAUUUGAAUAAUCGACUUUAUAAAUGGUGUGAUAUCAAGAUUGGAGAAUGUUGUCAAGGUAAUCUCUUUUUAUUAAAAAUACUCCAAGUUUCCAUAUUUUUUUCUAGAAAAUAUUGAGAAACCUGAGGAAAUCACAAUGUGUCCGGAUGGCCAAACUCCAUUAUAUUCCCAAAAUCAAUGUGAAGAAUCAGAAGAAUUUUGUAGUUCAACUGAUUUUUCGAAUGGAAAAUGUUUCAAGGGACAUUGUUGUCCAAAAUCAGGAUAUCUUCCAAAUGGCAAAUUUUCAAUUUCAAAAAAAGAUGAUUUUCGAACAAAUGUGGAAUGUGAUUCGAAAAUCAAAUUAGCGCCAAGAAUGGAAUAUAGUUUCUGUAAACAUGGUUUUGUUUGGUCGAUGUCUGAAAAUAUGAAAACAACGGGAAUAAAUUGUACUUUGAAUAUGGAUUGUGAGACGAAUCAAGUUUGCGCGAAUUUGAAAUUUGGAGAGGAAUCGAAAUGUUUUGCAAAUCCGGAAGCUGGUAAAAUGGUUCAAGUUUUAGAAUAUGCUUUUAAAUUGGUUUUGGAUAUUGUGAAAAAUAUGGAAUUCUAA